AUGUCGAUGAAAUCAACCACGGGAUUCCGUGGUGUCAGGGGAGUUGACGAAGCAAAAGCUGAGCUCGAGGACUUAGUUCACUACCUAAGGAAUCCCAAGCAUUUCACGAGCCUUGGUGGCAAGCUUCCAAAGGGUGUUCUGCUUGCUGGCCCACCAGGCACAGGGAAAACCAUGUUGGCGAGAGCUGUAGCCGAGGAAGCUGGCGUCCCAUUCUUUGCACGCAGCGGCAGCGAGUUCGAGGAGAUGUGGGUGGGUGUUGGGCCUAAAAGAGUGAGGGAGCUCUUCAGUGAAGCAAAGAAGCAAUCCCCUUGCAUCAUAUUCAUCGAUGAGAUUGACACCAUCGCUGGGCAAAGGCAAGUAAAUGACAGAAAUGGGGCGAGGGAAACUCUGAACCAGCUGCUCGUUGAGAUGGAUGGCUUCAAGCAGAAUGACGGCAUCAUUGUUCUCGCAGCGACCAACUUCCCACAGUCGCUAGAUAAAGCCGUUAUUAGACCCGGGCGUUUUGACCGUCAUGUUCAGGUUCCUAAUCCAGAUGUUGAGGGCCGGCGGCAGAUCCUAGAGUCUUGUAUGUCAAAGGUCAAAGCCAAGGGUGUGGAUCUGAUGAUGAUUGCGAGGGGGACACCGGGGUUCUCAGGUGCAGCCCUUACAAACUUGGUGAACGAGGCUGCUCUUAAGGCUGCCAAGGAUGGGUCACCGGGGUUCUCAGGUGCAGCCCUUACAAACUUGGUGAACGAGGCUGCUCUUAAGGCUGCCAAGGAUGGGUCGGAAGCUGUUAUGAUGGAUCACAUUGAAUACGCCAAGGACAAGAUCAUGAUGGGCAGCGAGCGCAAAUCGGCAAUGAUACCUGAUAACUGCAGGAACAUGACCGCGUACCACACGGGAGGAAGGGCCCUUGUUGCUAUCCACACGGAUGGCGCUCACCUUAUCUACAAGGCUACCAUUAUCCCGAGGGGAAACUCUCUUGGCAUGGUGAUCCAGAUGCCUGAGGAAGAAGAUGCCUAUAAAUUCUCAAGGAAGAAGAUGCUGGCGAAAUUAGACAUCCUCAUGGGCGGCAAGGUGGCCGAGGAGGUUAUAUUUGGAGAGAGCGAGGUGAGCUCUGACGCCCUGUCUGGUCUAAGAGAGGCGACUCAGCUGGCGACAGACAUGGUCACCAAGUAUGGAAUGAGCCAGCGGAUCGGCCCUGUUUGCUACGGCAACAAUGAUGGGAAGCAGACGGCGACCUUGAGUUGGCAAGCGACAGCCCUGGUCGAUGAGGAGGUGAAAGAAUUACUGGUCAAGGCUCGCAAGAACGCAGAAAAUAUUAUCACGGCGCACCGCAACGAGCUUAAUGUGCUAGCCGACGCCCUUCUCGAGUAUGGAACUCUCACCGGAGACCAGAUCAAGCAGUUGGUAAAUGGUCCUAAAAUUAGUAAUGCGCAGAAUCAGGAAACACCAUCUUCAUCCUAA